UUUAAUCUAAUUAGAUAUUUCAAUGAAACCUUCAAUGAUAAAACAAAACUAAAGAAUUACAAUACAACAAUAUCACAUACUAGAGAAGCAUAUAAAAGAAUUCAAGAAUUUAAUAGAUUAAAAAAAGCAAGACAACUUCUUGAUGCUAUUUCUUUUACAAAUGAAUUACUUGCAGAUGGUUCAGAUAUAGAAAUAUUGAGUCUUGCUAACAUAAUAAUAAAAAGACUAAAAAUUUUAGGAGUUUGUAAUAAUGUAUUAGAAAAUUCAUGUGAAGAUACAAGAAACACAUUUAGAUCUCAUAUUGGUAUCUAUCAUUGUUGUACAUUUUGUUCAAGUGGUGGUAAAAAAGAAGCUACUUGUGGAUGUGGAGGAAUUAUGCCUGGUGGAUAUAGAGGCUGUGGACAUGGUCAUAUUGGACAUCCUGGUAUACAUCAUUGGUCUUGCUGUGGAUCAAUCUUUCGUUAUGGAUGUUGUUUAAGUUUUCAGAAAUAUCAAUUGUUAUUUUAAUGUUAUUAAUUUGAAAAUAAAUAUAAAUAUAUAUUAUUUUUUGAAUA